GUCAAUUUCAAUUGACCGAAGACUUUUCAAAGCGUUUUUGUAGUUGUCAUCGUAAAAGCGAUUAUUUAGAAGUGAACUCUUUUUUUAAGUUGGAAUCAUGGAGAUCGCCCACAAUUUUAUGGGCCCUGGAGCCACAAAAACCAUGUUGCGAAUCAACGAGAAUGGAAACGUCGUCGGUACAAUUAUAGUUAACUGUGAAGGUUUCCCUGAGACGACAACCCUGGACAGUUUGACAGCUGCCACCUACUCGAAUCAUAUGAGAAACCUCUCGCACCAUGCCUCGAACGCGCUUAAGGAAAUUGAUGUGACUGACGAGCUGGUGGUCCUGAGGCUGGUCUCCAGGAAGUCCGAGGCUGUAGUGGCACCAGACAGUGAGUUCCACAUCAUUGUCGUCAUGAGAAGGCACUAAACCACCAAAUGUCCAUGUCAGAACGAGACAACACUACAUCACUUGUAGCUGUCUCUUUUCCAAUCCGUGACAAAGGUCU